AGCCCAACAUGAAGCGAUGAAAACCCCAAUAUAAUCUGAGUGACCAUCAAUGUGACUGAUCUGACCUCACAUACCCCUGAUCCGAUGAUAGCUGACCUAUUAAAUAGAAGAUCCCUCGGAUCACUCACUUCUCUCCAAGAAGACUCUUUAUCUAAUUUUAACGAUGCCUUUACCAAAUAUGGCAUCCGAAAGUCAAAGGAGUUCAUAAAAGCUUUCGAGCUGCUACAAGUGAUACAGCUGCCAGACUACAGAACAGCUCUCAAACUCAGAGCUAUCCAGCGGAAAAGCUAUGGAUACACAGGGUAGAUGCUAGAGACAUAGUAGCAGUGAUGGGAGACACAGGACUACCUCCUCCAUUACGAGGAGAUAACGGAGGGAGAGAUGGAACCCUUCAUUAACGACGUCUGUUUAAUGGCUGAGAGGAACGCUGAUACUACCAUAGUAUCAUGUGCAGAUCUUAUACUAACCUGGAUACUCCAGCUUUUUGACAGUAAUUACAUAGGAGCGGUGAAAGUGAAACAGUUCACCACAGUGUUAGUUAUAAUGGGAGCUGGUCGCUUACUCGACAAGCUUAAAUUUCUGUUCGACACAUUUAAAGGAUCUGACGGGACUCUCAGCCAGGAGGGAUUCAGCGAGCUCAUGACGGAUCUCCUUCUCAUACCAUGCUCUGUGUUUGAAGAGGAUAUUUACGGUCACUCUACUCUAGUACUCAGUGCUAUCUUCGAGUGCUUCAAUCAGAUCGGUCACGAAAGACAGAAGCUGACUUUGGACGAGUUCCUGCUGUGGUGUACCAAAUCACCCUUCUGUUUGUCAUGGCUGUUCACGUUUCACAGGUUGAUGAGUUCAGAGUACAAUGUUAACCUCAGUUCUUGCUCUAACUGUGGAGUUGCACCCUUCUUGGGAUUUAGGUAUGUAGCAUUGCACAGAUACACAGUGGCAAUCUGCCAGGAAUGUAUGUGGACUGGAAACUGUGAAGAAACUGAAUUCAGAGAAUUCGGAGCACUGAGCCAGUGUGUGAAUGUAACAGUUGUACCGAUGAAGACGGUGGGGUCCACGACUAGCAUCGCUAACUCUAACACUUUAUCGCAAGUUCAUCAGUGUCUUGAUAAGAGGCAUAGCAUGUUGCUGACCUACAGCAAGCGACUCGAUCCUAAAUCUACCUCACAUUUUGUGAGUCUGUACGAAGCAGUGCAAUCUAAGGACGAUAACUUAGAGGCUUUUAUAGGCGAGUGUGAGGACAGGGCGCUAAAACUACAACGGGAUUUUCAUGUUCUUUGUAAAGAACACAGUGAGAUACUAAAAUUGGAACGUAAAGAUAACGAACACGAAAGUUUCAUAGCGUGGCAGAGACGAGAUGAUAUGGCCAGUAGGCUAGCGAUAUGGAUGUCACGAAGAAAUGAUCUAUACAUAAAACAGGAGUCAAUACUACGCUCGGAGGACGUGCCGUUACCGACAGUUUGUUACGCUAAGUUUGGAGCUCUCGGUUCCCUGGAGUCAGUAGUUAGCGGGGACCAUCCUAACGAGAACAACAUUCAUGUGUCUAUGAAUGGAAUCGACCUGCUAGGCCCCAAGGUGUCAGUUGAAGAUUCUGUGAUGGUCCUCAGCAAAUUGAGCCUCAUCAUCAACGAUGCGUUGCUGCAGAAGUCCUUUUCCUCGACGCCCUCUAAACCACUAAAACCUAUGUCACGUGAUACACCCCCUAUGUCACGUGAUACACCCCCUAUGUCUCCUCUAUCAUUUGAAAACAAAGCUGCUUCUGUUAGAAUCACUAAUGGCACUAAUGGUUUAUCAAAAGAGAACAUCACUCCAAGUUCACUGAACGAUACAGCCAUGACCAGUUCGGAGAAGGACGUUAUGAAGGAGUUUGAGGAUACCGUAAACGAUAUCAUGAUCCAAGAAAACCUUAUUCCUCCUCCCCGCAAAAUUAUUUACCUGGAGGGAAAAGAACGUCGACUCACCUCUAACUUAGAAGCUAUCGCUGAAAUUGAACAAGUAGCUGCGAAUAAAGGUUCCCUUCCAUCCGAUCUUGGUCCGCUUUCAAGUGAGAAAGAGUCUUCAAAAAUAGGCACUAAAACCCUUCAGUCUAAAUGUGAGAUGAAACAAAACUUGGAAAAAGAAACUGCAGAGGUGGAUAAUGGAAAAGACAACUCUAAAAAAGACUUGACAAACAAAGCUUCAGCAAACUCCAAUGUCCAUAAAAAUCCAAAAGAGAGUCCUAAACCGAGUCCGAAGUCGAGUCCAUUGCCUCCGCAGAGGACCCUGGCACCUGUCUUGAAGCUUCCUACUCAGAAUAAGACCAAGGUCACCAGCAGGAUACCUGUUCCACGUAAAAUUACCCCUCCAGAGCCCACUAGUGUUAAAACCGAAUCUCCCGUCACAUCUCUACCUGAUCUCACAGUGGAAGCCACGCCCACAACUAGCCUUGUUACUGUUGUCAAGGAGGAAGAACAGGAAGAGACAGAGGAACAGGAGGAGGUAAAGGAGGAGGUAGUAGAGGAAAAGGGAGAAGAUGAACUUGAUUUUGGCAAGAUAGAAGAGGAAGAAGAAGGAGUGGAAGAUGAGUGGGAGAGUGAGGGUAGCUGGGAGACAGAGGAUGACAACACGGAACGAAGUCAGCCGCCGGACUCGCUAAAUUUAGCCGGAGUGGUGUCCGAGCCGGAGUGUGACCCCCCUGAUCCGGAGGAAGAUCCGGAGGACAGUGCUCCGCCCAUUCCCCCACCACGCUCCCUUCUUUCACCUCAAGGUGUAAGCAGACGUGCAACCUCGCUGAAAACAAAGUCUGAAGGUGAUCCCAGAAUGGAGGAACUCAGGAAAGUUACACGAGCCUCCUCUUCAGUGCACUCAAAAUCCAAACCGUCAGGAAUCCCAAUGAGAUCCACACCCACCAUCCCUGGCAGUAUGCCAACACUAUCCGGGACCCCCUCCCCCGCCAAUACACCCCCUCCCAGACUCACCACCAGGUUACCCACUCCCAAGAACAACACCCCAGACAUUGCAGUGCUCAGUGCCACGCCCUCAUCCACCCCCGAUAUACUGGCCAGGAUAUCCGACCACUCAGCCAGGUCUACCCCAGAAGUCAAGCCCAGAGUGGCUCCGAGACGAGGUAAACCCGGUAGUAAACCUACGACCCCGUUCAAGGGUCCUAUCGUCUAUGAGGGUGAAUCUGAUUCAGAGACUUCUACUUCGUCAUCCUCUUCUUCCGACGACGGGAAGAAAUCUAAGUUUUCGCGUGCGCGCAGUGCGCGUUUUGCGCGCACCAAGGCUACCACUCCCAAUAGAAACGCUGCAAGUUUCAGAACGAAGAAAGGGGGCAGUAAAAAUCAGCAACCCUUGGAGUUUUUCAAUAGCUUCGCGGAAUGAAUAUUUUUUCAAAAGACAGUUAUGUGUCUUUGAGUUUGAGAUAUCUGAACCUUAGAGUUUUAAUGAACUUUUAACACAGCGAUUUUGGCAGACGUUUUCAUUUUCUUUUACAGUGUUAUUUCUUUAUAUGUCGGCCCUGAGUUGCCCAUUUUUAUGGUAUCGAUAAUGUUUACACUCCAGAUCAGAAUAUGAUGAAAAAUAACACUUUUUCUUUGAUUUUUAUUUUCUCUUUUUAAUUGACUAGAUUUAGAAUAGCUCACUUUCACACACAUGUAUAUUGUACCACGUCUUUAUUAUUUCAAUACCUUUUUGCGAGCAUGUUUCAGUAUCUAACGUUGCAUUGUAAUGUUAUUGUAACCAUAUUAGGAUUGCAAAGGUUACUUUCUAAGUUUACAAGAUACGCAUUGUAAAAAUAUGCAAUUUGGGACGUAAUCCGUCGUUGGUAAUGAAUUCCGUCGUCUAUUAGACUUACCUAGAUUCAAAUAAGAACAUUACCUUAUUUGGGCAUCACGUGGUAAUAUAUUAGGUUGCGACAAAUGUUAAACAUUGAAAACAUUGAGAACAGUUUGCCGGUAAUCAAUUAGCAGAUGUUUUUUAUAGUUAUAAGACAAAAUAUUUGACGUUCGAGUAAAGUUUAGAUUUCUUCCAGAAUAGAUGAUUUGAUUUACUUGCGGAAUGGUGGAAAGAAGCACCUUAGUAUCCAUUGAAUAUGACAAAACGAAAAUGGAGCUCCAUUGUAUUUUAACUAUAUUGUACUCACAGUGCCAGGUAGCCAAGUCCGUAAGGUUCAUUGUGGUAUCCAGUAUAUUUAGGAGUAUAUCUAUAUUUUAUCUUCUCAACUUUAAUGAGGACUUGUUUAAUCAAAGUUUAUAUAUUUUAGGUGAAACUUUCCAACCAUAAUCGAUUGUGAGAAAUCAAUAUCACUUACCACUUUAUUGAGAUGACACAAUCAGUAGAAUGUAUUAUUUUUGACUGAUCAAUAAAUUUGAAAGAUAUUGUUCCAAUAUGAACCUAAUUUAGAAUUAAACAUUGAAGAUAAUAUGUGGAAAAUGUAUGUUUGAGUUUCUUCGAGUUAACACUUUCACUUUUACUUACACGG